GACGUCUCUUUUCUCUCACUCUCUCUCUCUCUCUCUGCACUCCAUUGUCAACUAUAAACCAAACACUCCUUUUUUUCUCCGUCACUUCUCUCUCUCUCUCUCAAUUAUAUAUAUAUAGAGACACUCUCACAUACACAUUAAUCGAGGAGUUCGAAAUUAGCCUUUUAGUUUACUGUAAAUGGAGGCGCUGUCGCCGGCAGUCAAGCCGGCUUUCGUUGUCCGGCCGAGAACACGGUUUGAUCGUGCCCUCCUCCCGUUCGGAUCGUACAGCUGCUCCGAUUCGAAGCGGGGCUUGUCUCGGACAAGAGUUGCGGUGAAAGCACAAGGGGAGAAGCAUGCGGCCUUUGAUUUCAACGAUCCCGAUUGGAAGUCAAAGUAUCAGCAAGACUUCGAGUCUCGCUUCCGUAUCCCGCACAUCACUGAUGAGCUUCCCGACGCCGCUUCGUACCCUUCCACUUUCUGCCUCAAAAUGAGGACGCCGGUGAGUCCUGAUUUUGCGGAAGGAUAUCCAUCGGAUGAGGCGUGGCAUGGCUACAUCAAUAACAACGACAGGGUACUGCUAAAGGUUAUAUAUUAUUCAUCUCCAACGUCAGCUGGUGCUGAGUGCAUUGAUCCAGGUUGUACUUGGGUUGAGCAAUGGGUUCACCGUGCUGGUCCUCGAGAAAAAAUAUAUUUCAAACCAGAGGAUGUAAAAGCAGCAAUUGUUACCUGUGGAGGUCUUUGCCCUGGUCUCAAUGAUGUCAUACGACAGAUUGUCAUUACCCUGGAAAUAUACGGCGUGAAAAAAAUUAUUGGAAUCCCUUAUGGUUAUCGUGGGUUUUCUGAUAGCAGAUUAUCUGAGAUGCCUCUAUCCAGGAAUGUGGUCCAAAAUAUCCAUCUAUCUGGAGGAAGCUUAUUAGGUGUCUCACGCGGAGGACCAAAAGUUAGUGACAUUGUGGAUAGUAUGGAGGAAAGAGGUAUAAACAUGCUCUUUGUUCUGGGUGGGAAUGGUACGCAUGCUGGUGCGAAUGCCAUACAUGAAGAGUGCCGAAAAAGACGAUUAAAAGUAGCUGUAGUUGGUGUACCGAAGACUAUAGACAAUGAUAUCUUGCUUAUGGAUAAAACAUUUGGUUUUGACACCGCUGUUGAAGAGGCGCAAAGAGCAAUUAAUUCUGCAUAUAUUGAGGCACACAGUGCUUAUCGAGGCAUUGGGAUUGUGAAACUAAUGGGGCGUAGCAGUGGGUUUAUAGCUAUGCAGGCAUCUCUUGCCAGCGGACAAAUUGAUAUAUGCUUGAUUCCUGAGGUGCCAUUUAAUCUGCAUGGUCCUCAUGGUGUCUUAAGUCACCUAAAGUACCUUCUUGAAUCAAAGGGAUCCGCUGUUGUAUGUAUUGCAGAGGGAGCUGGGCAGGAAAUUGUUGAGAAAACCAAUGCUAAAGAUGCAUCGGGAAACAUUGUACUAGGAGAUGUAGGUGCUCAUAUACAGCAAGAGAUCAAGAAGUUCUUCAAAGAGAUUGAAUUUCCAGCUGAUGUAAAAUACAUAGAUCCAACAUACAUGAUCCGAGCAUGUCGUGCAAAUGCAUCCGACGGGAUUCUCUGCACUGUUCUUGGUCAAAACGCUGUUCAUGGUGCAUUUGCAGGCUACAGUGGAAUCACAGUCGGUAUAUGCAACACACAUUACGUCUACUUCCCCAUUCCUGAAGUGAUCGCCAUGCCCAAAUGCGUAGACCCUAACAGCCGGAUGUGGCAUCGGUGCUUAACUUCCACAGGUCAACCGGACUUCAUUUAACCCACCCGGUACGCCUCUUAUCUAUUCAUCUAUUCAUGCUCGAGAAAAUUUAUAUUUUGUAGCUAGAGAUGGGAAGGCCUGGUGAGCAUUUUUUUUGGUCUUGAGAAGUGUAUAGCAUUCACAAUGCCAUUAAAUUAUGAUGAUGAUAUGCUGGAAAUAAGUCUUACCAUUAAAUUAUGACUUGUAAGAGGUAAUAAAACUUAACUUGAGCUUUUACCCAUUCAUUGGGUAGUGCUAAUUCUGUUGUAGUAAGCAGUGAAGGAAGCAGAGAACUUGUCAAGCUACUUCCUAGUGCUAUUUAUAAAUAAAAAUAAUUCAUGAUU